GAAAAUUUUGCAGUUGGAAAAAUACUGCUUGAAAACGAAGUAUCAACGUUGAUCACGUUGAAAUACAUUGUUUAUAUCUUUAACAUCUUUAAUUUAAUGGAAACGAAAGGUUUAUGUAAUAUCACAGCUCCAUGUAGUUCGUUUUGGAACUAAAACUGAAAACAGCGGACAUGACUGACAUUGCCUGUACUGUUCGACACAUGGGCAUAGCGGAUAUUCCCCAAGUUCUGGAUCUUUGGCGAGAAUCAGGAUUACACCAUACACCGCAGAGUCUAUCUACAUGGCUUGAAGUUGAUCCAUAUGGCUUUUAUGUAGCAGUUUCUGAUGCUGGAGAAGUUUUGGGUAUUUGUUCUGCUGUCUUCCAUCAUAAUGAUUUAGCUUUUGUUGGUUCUUACUAUGUGAAAAGAGAAUAUCGUGGACAAGGAAUUGGGCGCAAGGUUUUGAAUGCCUGCAAUGACCACAUUGGUUCCCGAAAUGCUGCUUUAAACGCCAUGCCAGAAAUGGUGCCUUUUUUCAGGGAUACUUGUGGAUAUUCUAUUGUGAAAAACAAAUGGGUUUGCUUGUUUUACAUGAGUGCAGACAGCUUAAAAUUGGAUACCAUACCGUCUAACCGGUUAAAGGAAUUCGAGAUCAGGUUACCGAGAGAAUCUGACCUCUCUCUGAUGUUCGAAUACUUUUUCAAGAUAAUCGGUUACAGGCUGGAUCUUGCCAUCAGACUCAACUGCGAAGAGGUAGACAGUCGUACAUAUGUGGCAUUCAAAGAGGGAGUAUGUGUGGGUUUCGGUUCAAUUAAAAUCAGCUGCAAUGGCGCAGGAGAAGUUGGUCCCCUCUAUGCUGAUUCUACCACAGUGGCAGAAAUCCUGUUGAAAAAGUUGAUUCUUUCAUUUCCUCGGGCUAGGGGAUUUGUUAUAAAAACCGUGAGAUCAAACAGUGCGGCAAAUGAUCUUGCUCAGCGCUUCGGUUGGUCAUGUCCGGAAUUAUAUCCGAGACUAUACAGAAAGAAGAUUUUGAAUGCUGACAUUAACAAAGUGUUUGCACUAUUUUCCAUGAGUUUCGCACCCUUUUAGGGGAAAUUUGAGUAAUAACGCACACUUAAACUUAAGAAAAACACAUGAAUAGCUAGUCAGUUACUCAAAAAUAUGAGUGUUUUUCUAAUGAAAUAAACUCCACUACAUACGCGUGUGACCACCACAUGAGGCAUGAUGAAACCUUGUUCAACACAUUGUAACAACAAAACCAUUUACCGUUAUCUAUGCCGAAUCCUCUAUUAAAAUAGCAGAUAUCCGUCUUUAUAUCUCGUCGUAUAAGUAAAUUAUCUAAUGGCCAUUAUCGUCACCAUCAUGCUGAUGCACCUUAACAACGUCUUCGUUUAAGAUGGUAUCAAAGACUCACCCUUAUGAGAUUGCUAUUACCAAUCAUUGCCAUGCAGGAUUAGAAUGCAUUGCAUGCAUAAUUUUGGCGUAACAAAACUCUAAAAAAAAUAUUUGAAUGCACAUGCAUAUUUUUUAGAUAUAAUGUGUAAAUUAACAUUUGGAAAUAAGGGUAUACACGUAUAUUCAAGUAAGAUGCUGUAGAAUUUAGAAAUGAAACAAUGUCAAGCUCUUAACGGGAAGAAGCAAAAACAAGCUUCCUUCCUUUAGUGACAAUGUUUUUACUUGGAACUUGUAAUGGCGUUUUAUACAUGGACGUACUAAUCGUAUGUUUUGAAAAAAUCUGUCCUGCUUACAGAUUUAUGAGUGUGCGAGAUAUCUUGCUGUUCUCUUUCGCUUAGGUAAAAUCUGAUAAAUAUCGGCUCAAUGAAACAAAAAGUGAAUACACAUUUAAUCCUACUACUUAUAUGGAUGAAGUAUAAAACAUGUCAGUAAAAGAGGAAUUGAAAUUCUAUGAGACAGAUACUGUUCAUAUUUUUUUUUCAGUAAACUAACGAUGAAUUUGAUUGAGCAAUAAGAAGCUAAUUAUUUGGUACUCAGUAGCACCAAAUUGGCACUCAGUAGCAAAACAAUGAAAACAUAUAAAGUUACAAUGUUUAAAUCUAUCGUAACUCAUUCAUCCCAACUGAAAUGCGACAAAAGCAUAAGAGAUAACUUAAAGUUUAAAAUUUUCACUCAAUAAUGAAUUUCGUAUAAACGAUGCACGCUCAACCACGUACUUAACAAUAUGUUUAAAACAGAUGUUGUGAGCGGGAAAGUGUAAAUGCUGAAGUAAACGGUCUUAUUUUUCUACUGGUUACACCUGUUCGAGUAAUCAAUCAAAUGAAGGCUUAUCAUACAGGAAUCUGACCUUGUGUUCUUGCUGCUCAUGGAACAUUACGAAGAUUACUCAAAGAGCAAUAUGCAUGAACGAUUGCAUCUUAUUAGAGGAAUCGCCAAAGGAUUAGCAUAAACUUUAUUGAUUCAUAAAACGAAUGGGAGAAAAUUAUAAUAGAGUAUGUAAAGCUUAUGAUUUCCUUAGUUGUCAGUAAAUGAAGUGUUUUUUUUAAUCCUUGCUUACAUUUAAACUAACCUGCUAUGCGUAGGUUACAUCAAGUUUACAUCAUUUUGAAAAAAUAUACCAGUACAUUAUCAAAGAACCGAACCAAUAGGAACCGUAGACAGUUCGAAAUUAAACAUGAAAAUACCGUUUAGGGGACUAGUGUGCCAUUUAAUCAAAUAAAAUGUUUGUACAAUAUGGAGGUGCGAAACAUAUAAUAAU